UCCUCCCCACCACAUCAAAUCAUCCCUCUCCUCUUCUCCUCCUCUCAAAGAUCGCAAGAAGCAAACAAGAACACAACAAAUCGAUCGAUCAGUCAACCUCACUCAUUCUCAUGGCGGCGGAGCAGAGACAGCAGCAGCAGAUGAUGCAGGAGGGGUUCGAGGACUACCUGCCGGUGAUGGCGGAGAGGCUGGGGGAGGAAGGGCUGAUGCAGGAGCUCGCAAGCGGGUUCCGCCUGCUCAUGGACCCGGCCUCCGGGCUCAUCACCUUCGACAGCCUCCGCCGCAACGCGCCGCUGCUCGGCCUCGGCGGGAUGUCCGACGACGACCUCCGGGGGAUGCUCGCCGAGGGCGACUUCGACGGCGACGGCGCCCUCAGCGAGAUGGAGUUCUGCGUCCUCAUGGUCAGGCUCAGCCCCGACCUCAUGGACGAGCCUCGCCGGUGGCUCGACGACGCCGUCGCCCAGGCCUCACAGUUCCUCUUUCAUUAGAAAGUUCGACAUGGAUAGGAUUCUUCUUCUUUUUUUCUUUCUUUCUUCUUUCUUCUCGUUGUUCAUAGCAUCAGGAUUCAUCAAGGGCACUGCUCAUUGGUUCGCGGAUUCCAAUCGCAUUUGUACUCUCAUGUACUACACUCUGCUUGUUUCUUCGUUCCAAGUGGAAACUGGAAUCUGAAUUAAUUGAUCAGCAAGCUUCUUCGUUUCACAAA